UUGAGCUGGUAGCUGCUGUGCUGAAGUGAAGCAGUUUCUCUUUCUCUUUUCUUUUGUGAUGAGAGAGAUAUGAGUGUUUAAAAUGAAUAAACCGAAAGAGCCGAUAUGAGAAGAGAGACGAGGAGCUGAAGGGCAGCACUGAGACUGAGACUGAAAGUGAGAUGGAGGUGCGGAUCCCGGUGGAGCCGGAGCUCAGUAACUCUGAGUCUGAGGAAGGGUCAGGUCUGUCUGAGUCUGAGUUCACCUGUCACUGCUGCUACCAGGUUCUGGUGGACCCCACCACGCUCACCUGUGGACACAGCUUCUGCAGACACUGUCUGGCCAACUGGUGGGCCUCCGCUCUGCCCAGGGUCCGCAGAGACUGCCCAGAAUGCCGAGCGGUGUGGACUGGCUUUCCCAAAGUCAACAUCCUGCUCCGGGAUGCGGUGGAGAAGCUGUUUCCCGCUGAAGUGAGACGACGGAAGCAGGCCAUCCUGAGCGAUCCAGGGUUCUGUCGUGUUCUCCAGGUGUUCCAGCAGCAGGGGAACAGACAGCCCCCUCACGCAGCUCCGCCACAGAACCCACCGCCGAUCAACAUCAGAGAGUUUUACUCUGGAGUCGUGACGGCACUGACCUUCAUGACUAUGUUGGUGUUGUUGUACCGUGCGUUCAGUACCGACUCCAGUCACGAGGUGCUGCUCAGUAAACCUCUCAGCAGGUGGAGCGCUGAUGAUGUCACUCUGUGGGUGGAGCAUCUGGGCAUCUGGACCAAUCAGUAUAAAGAAACCUUCCGCAGGGAACAGAUCAACGGCAGGUUACUGUUCUCUCUCAGUGAUGAUGAUCUGUCUGCGGCUCCGUACAACAUCGAGAAACAGUCUCACAGACAGAUCAUCCUGGAGGAGCUGCACAGACUCAGACAGCGCCGGGUCUCACUCAACCUCUGGCAGUACAAGGAUCUGAAUUUAGGGAAGACUCUGUUUCUGCUGUUGAGUUUGCGCAGAUUUCCUCGUCUGACGCUGCUCUGUCUGUUCCUGUUUGAUUAUGAAGACACGUUCCUGCCCUUCAUUCACACCAGCUGCCCUGCACAAAGCACCCAGGACAGCCUGCUGGACACACCGCUGGAUUGGCCGGGCUGGAGUCAGUGGGCGGAGUUCCUGCUGAUGUACUUCCUGCUGCCCUAUCAGCUGCUGUCUGCGUUCGCCUGGCACUGGAUUAUGCGCGCUCAUUACUGGACGGCCCGCGUGGUCAUGCUACACGCUGUGCUACUGACCACGCUGGAUGUGCACUUCUUCUGGACGCUGUUGAAGAGAGGACAGAUGAGGACGCUCCCUCAGCGUGUUUGGCAGGAGGUGUUAAGAGUGAUAAUGGAGGAGUCUCUGUUUGUGCUGCUGUGGUCUAUGAUUCCUCUGUUCUUCUGUAACUGUCUGUUCUACUACAAUCUGUUCAUCUGCCCCUUCAACACUGCAGCGCUGGUCAAACGAACACUGCUGCAGACAGACACACAGCAGCAGAGGAUCUGACACACUCACACACACACACUCACACACACACACACACACACACACACACACACACGCACACACGCACACGCACAC